AUGUCCUUUAUCAGCACUCCCAGCCUGGAUGCCCUCGUACCGCCCCUCUCCCUUCUCCGCGCCAUCCAACCGAACAAUAUGAUCUUCAUCCACCGCGGUCAAACCAGAGUCGAGCUCGCCAACGCCCUCUCUUCCAUCGUCAACACCCCGAUCCCCAAUUCUUGCCGAAUCUGGCUGCUCGCAAGUGAAGUCGAAGUGAUUCUCACCUUUGUCGUCUGCUCCAUUAUGCUCUACAAAAAGAAGGCUCUCGGCAAGCUGUGGAUCUUUACCAGACGCGUUUCCCGCGGCGGAACGUUCUAUGUCGCCAAUGCUGUCUUCGUACUCACGCUGGGGGUUUCGUGCUAUCUCGUGGCAUGGGAUACGUUUGCUGUGGUGAUCGCUGGCUUCAGUUUCGCCCAUAAAUCGGUAUUGGAAUGGUUGUGGGUGAUACCGUUGCCUUGGCUGCCGUUGGUGAUUGGUGCAUACGUAAGCAUCCAUGGGUUUGCCGUGGGGUGCAGUCCGAGAUCUUCCCUGUCCAGGAUCAAUCCGAACAACGCGGCUUCUCGCAGCAAGUGGUACUACGUCGGUAUUCCCAAGAGCGCUGCUGUUGUUAAUGCUGUGCUGAUCGUGCCAUGUGUCGUGUUUACUGGCAGCACGAUCGCUCUGGUGGGCAUAUCCGGUUACACGUACUACCGUGCCAAGCACUCUGCUCAACACAUGCUCCCGCCGGAUCUGUUGGAGUUUAUUGCAAAGAGCGCUUCAGGAAAGCCUAUCCCGCUGGCGGAUAGCCACGUGUUGGCAUCCGACGAGCUCGUCUGGCUCGCACGCACAGUGGCUGCCAACUACAUGCAAGUGGUCCGAUACGUCUGUCUCAACCUCGCUGUAUUUGCCGCCAGUGCGUUUGGGCUCCUUAUACCAUGCUUCGUCUAUGGCAUCCCCAACAUCAUCAGCCUCGUCGACCACACGUGUUCUCGCUACGCCGAGCCGCUGCCAGCCACGUGCACGAGCUCCUUGCGCAAGAUGUGGUUCCUCAUCUCCACCGGUAGGCCCAGGUCGCACCAUUCUUCAGUUUUGAUCAACCACGAAACGUGGAAGAUGACUAUCUUGGCCAUCGGAUACAUUUCGAUCCUCAUCGUCUGCGUUCCCGCAUAUGCUUGGCUCCCUGUCUACAUUGUUGGUGAUAUCUUCCCCCAUCGGAUGCUCUCUGGAGACCUCGGUCCGCCCAUUUACCACGCUGCGCUUUCGGUGAGCGUCAUCUCGCUUGUCUCGUGUACGUUUGUUGCCUUGUUUUGCACGGUCGCUACGCUCGAUCCGCUCUUUCGUGCAGCGAUUGGGCUCAACAUCAUCCGGAUGCAAAUCCCGAUCGAUAUCCAGGUCGAGUUUCAUAGGAGCGAGCACAGAGAGCAUGAAAGCGCGUCGUCUACUUCUGCUGGCGGAUUCCUGACCUCCAAGGGCAAGGUAUAUGAUGGUAGAGCCAAGAUUCCUACAAUCACGGUCAAGCAGUCGAUGAGUAGUGUCGGCACCGCGGUGGACAGGUCGCCUGCUAGUGCCAAGUUUCCGGACGAACCGGAAGGUCCUGACGUCAUCACCUCGACGUUCGAUAUCGAGGCGGGCCGUCCGCCGCGCGACUAG